AUGCCACGUAUUCCUAUAAUAAAUACCAGCCAUCUAGAUCGUAUCGAUGAGUUGUUUGUAGACAAUGUCGAUACGGGUGAAUUUAAACUUCAUCGUUCAGUUUUUACUGAUCAAGCGUUGUUUGAACUUGAAAUGAAAUACAUUUUCGAAGGUAACUGGGUGUUUUUGGCACAUGAAAACCAGAUCCCAAAUAACAAUGACUACUACACCACCUAUAUCGGUCGUCAACCGAUCAUCAUUGCACGUAACCGUGCUGGUGAACUCAAUGCCAUGAUCAAUGCCUGCUCGCACCGUGGUGCACAACUUUGUCGUUAUAAACGUGGCAAUAAGGCCACCUAUACUUGUCCUUUCCACGGUUGGACAUUUAAUAAUUCAGGAAAAUUGUUGAAAGUUAAAGAUCCUUCUGAUGCAGGUUACUCAGAUGGCUUUAACAAAGACGGUUCACACGACCUAAAAAAAGUUGCGCGUUUUGAAAAUUACAAAGGAUUUUUGUUUGGUAGUUUGAAUCCUGAUGUUUCUUCACUUAAAGAGUUCUUAGGUGAAGCGACGAAAAUCAUCGAUAUGAUUGUGGAUCAGUCCGAAGAUGGUCUAGAAAUCUUACGUGGUGCAUCUACCUAUACUUAUGAAGGUAACUGGAAGCUGACUGCCGAAAAUGGUGCCGAUGGUUAUCAUGUUUCCGCCGUUCACUGGAACUAUGCUGCAACCACACAACAGCGAAAGGAAAAGCAGGCACAGGAUAAUAUUCGCGCCAUGAGUGCCGGUGGUUGGGGUAAGCAGGGCGGUGGCUGCUAUGGCUUUGAACAUGGUCAUAUGUUGUUGUGGACACAAUGGGCCAAUCCAGAAGAUCGCCCGAACUAUGCACGUUAUGAGGAGUAUAUCGACAAGUUUGGUGGAGCAAUGGCUAAAUGGAUUGUUGAGCGUUCACGUAACCUUUGCCUCUAUCCAAAUGUUUACUUAAUGGAUCAAUUUGGUUCACAGAUUCGUGUAUUGCGUCCGUUAAGUGUGAAUAAAACUGAAGUGACGAUUUACUGCAUUGCACCAAAAGGUGAAGCACUUGAUGCACGUACCCGCCGUAUGGCAACACCUGAUGACUUAGAAGAAUUCCGUGCGUGUCAAGCUGGUUAUGCCGGUAUUGAACUCGAAUGGAAUGAUAUGUGCCGUGGCUCUAAGCACUGGAUUUAUGGUCCAGAUGACGCAGCCCAGGAAAUUGGUUUAAAACCUAUAUUAAGUGGCAUCAAAACUGAAGAUGAAGGCCUAUACCUUGCACAACAUCAAUAUUGGUUGAGCUCAAUAAAACGUGCGAUUGCCAGAGAAAAAGAGCUUGCAGGACAACAAGAUUUGGGAGAAACCCAAGUGACCCAGUUUUUAUAUCGUGAGGCACGUUAUUUAGAUGAGGAACAGUGGGAUGAAUGGUUACAGUGCUAUGCGCCCGAGGCUUCUUUCUGGAUGCCAGCAUGGGAUGAUGAUGAUCAACUGACAGAAGACCCACGAUCAGAAAUUUCGUUGAUUUACUAUCCGGAUCGCCAAGGUUUAGAAGAUCGUGUAUUUCGGAUUAAAACAGAACGUUCAUCUGCGACCAUUCCUGAUACCCGUACCAGCCAUAAUAUUUCCAAUAUUGAGAUUGUGGAACGUGAUGGUGACGAAGUCACGGUACGUUUUAAUUGGAACACUUUGAGUUUCCGCUAUAAAACCAACUACAGCUAUUUCGGCAUGUCAUGUUAUGUGAUCGACUUUUCAACUGAACAACCCAAAAUCUUAAGUAAGUAUGUUGUGCUUAAAAACGAUUAUAUCAACCAAGUGAUUGAUAUUUACCACCUGUAA